GAGAGGAGGAGAGGACCAGUCAAGCAGCAGAGGCAAGUGGAAGCUCAACGGACGGACGCGGUUCCAACUAAAAAAAUACGCACCGGGGAAAAAUAGCACUCUACUGCAAGAACCUGGAAGAGAGAGCGCGCAUCCAUUGUAUUGCGCACCGUACACUGCAGAUUGAAGAAGAACAGACAGUGUUUCUGAGGAGUGUUGAGUCUUGAACAUCAGAUUGGAGUGGAUCGGGUCUUCUCUGUUGUGUAUGUGCACGUGGCCGAGGCGUUCUGAUUGAGGGGAGAGGCGGGACUUAUCUCUGUCUGGGGGAGGACCUUUGCGUCAGACAACCAAUCAUGGAGAGGACGAGKGCGAGAGCAACAGUGUUCCUGAUGCUGUUCCUGGGUAACCUCGGCAACGCUCUGGAGGUCCCGCUAGAUCCUAAAGUUCUGGAAGGAUUGCCGCAGCCACCAACCAUUACCCACCAGUCUCCCAAGGAUUACAUCAUCGACCCUCGGGAGAACAUCGUYAUCCACUGUGAUGCCAAGGGGAAGCCGCAUCCCAGCUUUUCGUGGACCAGGAACGGGACCCACUUUGACAUUGACCAGGACCCCAAGGUCACAAUGCGACCCCACUCUGGCACCCUGGUGGUGGACAUCAGUGGAGAGAAGGUUGAGUCAUAUGAGGGGGUGUACCAGUGUACGGCCAGGAACGAACAUGGGACUGCAGUAUCAAACAAUAUCGUCAUCAGACAGUCCAGGUCCCCCUUGUGGUCGAAGGAAAGAAACGAGCCGAUCAUCGUUCAGGAGGGCGUGUCUCUGGUGCUACAGUGCCGGCCCCCUGCCGGCCUGCCCCCWCCCAUCAUCUUCUGGAUGGACAUCAACUUCCAGAGGCUGCCUCAGAGCAGCCGUGUGUCCCAGGCGUUGAACGGAGACCUGCACUUCUCCAACGUCCUGAAGGAGGACUCGAGAAACGACUACAUCUGUUACGCCCGCUUCCCUCACACACAGACCAUCCAGCAGAAACAACCCAUCACCGUCACAGUGCUCAACCUGGAUGCAAUCAAUGAGACUGUUGCUGCUUUAUACAAUGAAACUGAUUUUCUUAGUGAUGGCUCGGCGGAGGAGAGGAGACCCACCUUCCUGAUUCCGUCUGGCUCCAGCAGCUCCAAGAUGGUGCUGAGAGGACAGGUCCUGGAGCUGGAGUGUAUCGCUGAGGGACUACCCACUCCAGAGGUGUCAUGGAGUAAGGUGAGCGGGGAGUUCCCUGCCAAGCGGACCUCCUUCCUGCACUUCCAGAAGACACUGCGUAUCGUUGACGUGUCUGAGGCGGACGCCGGAGAGUACCGCUGCACCGCCCGCAACCGCCUGGCCUCCGUACACCACACCAUCCGCGUCACCGUCAAAGCGGCCCCGUACUGGAUCAGUACCCCCAGAAACCUGGUGCUGGCUCCCAGGGAGAGGGGUAAUAUGAUCUGCAGGGCCAGUGGUACCCCCAAACCCACCAUCACCUGGGCCAUGAACGGAAUCCCCAUAGAAAAUUCACCGAAGGACCCUAGUAGGAAGGUGGAGGGUGACACCAUCAUCUUCGAGGAAGUCCAGACUGGAUCCAGUGCAGUCUACCAGUGCAACGCCUCCAAUGAAUAUGGAUAUCUGCUGUCCAAUGCCUUCGUCAACGUUCUCUCUGAAACACCCAGAGUCCUGACUCCAGCUAACAAGGUCUACCAGGUGAUCAGGAACACCCACGCCUUACUGGACUGUUCCUCCUUCGGCUCGCCCAUCCCCAAAAUAACAUGGUUUAAGGACAGCAGGUCCAGCACCCUGGACGGGGACCCCUACGUGCUGCAUGAGAACGGGACUCUGGAGAUACAUGUGGCCCAGGCYGUCAACAGUGGGAAGUACACUUGUGUGGCCAGGAACUCUCUGGGCAUCUCUGAGAACCACGUCUAUCUUGAGGUCAAAGAGCCCACGCGUAUCCUGAAGCAGCCGGAGUACAAGGUGGUGCAGAGCAACAUGAACGUGGUGUUUGAGUGUAAAGUAAAACACGACCCCUCCCUCAUCCCUACCAUGACCUGGGUCAAAGACAACGGAGAACUACCCGACGACGAGAGGUUUCUGGUGGACUCUGACAGCCUGACCAUAACCGACGUGACAGAGGAUGAUGCAGGAACUUACACCUGCAUCAUGACCACCACUCUGGACCAGGACUCUGCUAGCGCUGAGCUCACCGUUGUCGAGGCAGCUCCUACUCCAGCUAUAGUCUACGAACAACCAGACCCUCCCACUGACCUGGAGCUGACAGACCAGAAGCCCAGGAGUGUCCAGCUCACCUGGAUACCCGGAGACGAACACAACAGCCCUAUUUACAUGUUUCUGAUCCAAUACGCAGACUCUCUCCACCACCAUGGCCACUGGCACAACCUGACCCUAGUUCCGGGCUCUAAGACCACGGCCCACCUUAAGCUGUCUCCUUAUGUCCACUACGCCUUCCGAGUCCUGGCCCUCAAUGCCGUGGGCUUCUCCAACCCCUCAUUGCCCUCCCGCAUGUACAAGACCAACCCUUCAGCUCCUGAUGAGAACCCCAGUGGAGUUGAUGGCUUUGGAACGGAACACGACAACCUUGUGAUCUCAUGGAAGCCAAUGUCAGGUCACCAGGCCAACGGACCAGGCCUGCAGUACAAGGUGAUGUGGAGACAGAAGGACGUGGACAAGGAGUGGACGUCAGUGACCGUGGCUAACGUCUCCAAGUUCAUGGUCUCUGGCACGCCCACCUUCACACCCUACGAGGUCCAGGUUCAAGCCAUCAACGACUACGGGAUUGGACCUGAGCCAGCUGUGGUCACYGGACACUCCGGGGAGGACUUGCCGAUGCAGGCACCAGACAAUGUCCAGGUUCUAGUGUUGAACAGCAGCCUGGCUGAGGUGCACUGGGAGCCUGUCCCACCUAAGACAGUACGGGGACGUCUUAAGGGAUACAAGGUGUACUACUGGCGGGAGCGGAGCCUCACAAAACACAACCCACACCAUGUGGAGCAGCAGGUCCUGACCUUCAGUGGGAACAAGAGUCAUGGCAUGCUCCCCGGCCUGCAGCCUACAGCCUCUACCUGUUCAACGUCAGGGUCUUCCGGCAAGGGGGAGGGCCCCCCCAGCUCCAACCAGCAGUUCGAGACCCCUGAGGGAGUCCCUGCGGGGCCAUCUUUCCUGAGGAUCACCAAGCCUAGCCUGGACUCUCUCACUCUGGAGUGCCCUCCCUACGACCGCAACGGACGCCUCACCGGCUACACCCUGAAAUAUCAGACAGUCAAUAUCUCCAACGUGCUGGGUCCGGUGGAGGAGCUGGCCCUGCCAGCCAACGAGACCACCGUCACUCUCUUUAACCUCAAGUACAGCACGCGUUACAAGUUUUAUUUCAAUGCCAAAACAGGCCAGGGAGCAGGGCCUGUCGUUACAGAGGAAGCCGCCACUAUCAUGGAUGAAGCUAUGGCAGCCCGACAGGUGGACAUUGCUACUCAGGGCUGGUUCAUCGGCCUGAUGUGUGCCAUCGCUCUCCUCAUCCUCGUUCUCCUCAUCAUCUGCUUCAUACAGAGAAACAAGGGAGGAAAAUACCCAGUGAAAGAAAAGGAGGACGCGCACACAGACCCAGAGUUCCAGCCCAUGAAAGAGGAUGACUGUACUUUCGGGGAAUACAGUGACACUGAGGACCAUAAGCCGUUAAAAGGGAGCCGCACACCGUCUAACGGGACGGUGCACAGGGACAACAGUGACGACAGUUUAGUAGACUACGGCGGCGAUGGGGGAGACGGCCAGUUCAACGAGGACGGGUCUUUUAUCGGACAGUAUAGCGGAAAGAGCUCCGCCAGGGACACCGCUGGGGGUCACGAAAGCUCUGAGGCCCCGUCCCCUGUUAAUACCUCCGCUAUGAACUCCUUUGUGUAGCCAGCUGGUUGAUCAGUAGGUCAGCCAGGUGGAGGGAUAGGCAGCCAGGCCAGUAGGUGGUGCUGCAGUAAACUGAACUCCUUUGUAGCCAGCUGGUUAAACAGCCAGGCCCGUAGGUUUGUGUAGCCAGACAUUUGGACAUCCAAACCUGUAGGGGCUCUCCAGUGGCUGUUCCAUUCGCCAUCUUCACAGGGCUGUUCCUCACGUCACCUUGUGGCUUAUUGUCAUCCCAUGCCCCACCCAUCCGCACACUACUGUCACAAACACAUAGGAGACUUCUUAAGAGACACAUAACAGACACGUGUGAGAUUCUCUACACUAACGCAAUGCUGCAGGACACUACUGGAGGAUUGUACGUUAUCAUUUGGGAAUCACUGAAUUUGUGAAGGGAUUGUGGAGACUAUUCCAACUGUUUUAUUCUCUGUAGCCUACUGACUUAGUAGCGACACUUAGAACCAGACAUCUUCCUGAAAUGAUGUACAAACAUAUAUUAACACAAAUGAGUAGAUUAUUACAUGGAAGGUAUUGUCUAUCUAUCUUGAACUACUAUGCGGUACACAUUUUUGAAUUAUUUGGGUUUGCCAUAUUGUUUUUCCGGUCAAAGCAUUAUCUUGAUAUUAUUGUGUGUGUUAGAGGUCCUUUUCCCUUCAGGGCAACCGUAAGGAGGCGUCAGUGUCUGUCGACAUGGUGGUGAAACGUGUCACUAAGUAUAUGCAUAUUAUUAAUAGUCUUUUUUGCAAGACGGGGGCUGUUGGUACAGUUUAUACAGUUGCAUUUACAAUGCAGGAUUAUGUCCAGUGAGCUCCUAAAAGUAUUCUUCUGCCUGAAUCUAUAAUUCCGACUCCAAGCAGGCUCAACCAAGCAUGACUCUAGUUACGUCAGUCGCUGCAUCCACGCCCCCACCAGGGGAUGCUGGUGUCACUUUAAACGGGAGGACAGGCUCAUCGUAAUGGCUCGAAUUAAAUGAACGGAACGGUAUCAAACACCACGAAGCCAACAGCCUCCACUGGUCCUCACAUGUCACCUUUGUUUUGAUCAUCUGCAAAUGCCGAAGUGCGGCAUGCUGUCAUGACAUCAUCAUCAUAACCGUUGACCUGCACGUGACCUUACUUCCUGUGGUUGCACAUCACAUGACCCUGACGGUGACCUUAUGGCGCUUCCUGUGAGACCCAAAGUGCACGUAUUGACAUCCAACUCUUUUCUUUUGCUUUUCUUUAAAAAUGUUGCGUUUUAUUUGUGGUGCUGGGUGGCCUUCAGCAGUACUGUGCCUUUUUAAUACAGAACUCUGAUUUCAGUUCAGUCUAGAUUCAUUCACAAAAAGACCGUUUUACCCAGAGUUCGGUGAGUGGAAUGCCCAUGAAGCAAUAGUCAUACUCGGAGGAUGAUGGGUUCAGCUAGGAAGGAUGAAAGGAUGGAGGACUCCAUAAAUGAAGGAAUAAUUCAUACAGUCAUCUUUUGAAAAGCUUCAAAAUGCUUCUCCCUCAGAUAAGCGGCGUAGGGUUGCCAUAUUGGACACGGUCAAUGCUCUGUACAUUCUUUUCAAGGUUCGGGUCAUCUACGAAGUGUUUGGUCAUAUUUUUGCGCGGUGUGUGCGUGCGUGUUGAGGGGAUAAUAUUCAUGCUAGUCACUUAUACUAACUACAUUUGAUGGCCUUUGGCGUGAUAAGGAAGGGAUCGGAAAAAAAAUAUUUCUUAACUUGCAUCAAGUUUUACGUUUUUUUUAUUUUUAUGAACAUUAUUCGUUGCAUUUGUAAAUAUAUACUCUAAUUGACUGUACAGAAAAUCACUGCAAGAGGAGCUUAAAUGGAUAGUUCACCCAAAUGACAACAUUUGAUCAACUAUCCCUUUAAGAGCCCGAGAGGCAGAACUGUGCAUGUGAAGGUUUGACUGGCUGAGAGAGCUGUGUUCAAUAUAGACUACUUCUAUAGAAUAAAUAUACAUUUUUUGUAACUUUUUUUUUUUUUUUUUUGCUGUGAACAUUGUACAUUAUUGUAACKAACAGGACAAGAAGUUGCUCAUGAGUUCACAUUUGGAUGGUUUCCAUUUGUCAGCUAUAUAGUUGUGUGUUUCUGAAAUGUCCCUAUUUUGUACUAAAUAAAACCAUACAGUACUCUGGAAACCUUCAGAUGUAAUGGACUUUGGAGUGUAAGAUAAGAACCCCUCGAUGUACUGCGUCAUUCUGGUUUAUGUUGGUUAUAUGAGCAGCACAAGGUCCGCCAAACUCUUCCACUUUGUGACAGUAUUGAAAAUGGUUUGGUGUUCUUAUUCUAAAACAGUUUCAAGGUUUUUACUAACAAUUUAUUUGUAUUUAAGUUUCUCCACGUAGUGAAAUAAUGAAUUUCCAAGUAAAUUGAAAUAUAAUGAAUGAAUAAAAUAUUAUCAUCUUCUUCGAUGUCCAUUCUA